AUGUCACCAAUAAAAAAACAAAAACUACAGGAUGUUCGCAGUUUUUUACCAUCUUGGACAAUUGAUUACGGCUUUAUUAAACAUGGAGAUAAGAGUCGUUGUGGUCUGUGUUCCGAAGUUAUUGUAUGUCGAACAUCUUCUAUUAAACGACAUUUUGAAACUAAUCACAGGGAAAUUUCUGAAAAAAAUAUUGCCGAAAGAAGAGAAUUAAUAUCACAACGAUUAAAAGAUGUUGAAAAACAGUCAAAUUUGUUUUCAAGAUUUGUGAAAACUCCUAAUAAUAUAACAGAAGCGAGUUUUGAAAUUUCUUAUUUGAUUACUAAACACUCGAAACCAUUUUCUGACGGAACGUUUAUAAAAACACUUAUGUUAAAAGCUGCUUCCAGUUUGUUCCAAGAUUUUAAUAAUAAGGAAAAAAUUCUCCAAAGAAUACAAGAAUUACAGAUGAGUAGAAAUACUAUUAAACAAAGAAUUUUAAAAAUGAGCAUUAAUAUUUCCGAACAACUUCAAACCGAUAUUAAUAGUUGCGAUUUCUUCUCAAUUUGUUUGGAUGAAACAACUGACAUAAACUCGUCUGCCCGAUUAGCAAUUUUUGCACGUUAUUCAAAAGGGAAUGAAAUACGCGAGGAGCUGUUGAAAUUAGCAAAUAUACCGGAAAGAACAAGAGGUGCAGAUAUUUCACCUAAUAUGACUGGUCCGGCAACAGGGUUUGUUAAUUUAUUUCAAGAACAUGUAGGACAUCCGAUUAUAAGAUUUCAUUGCAUCAUUCACCAGCAAAUGCUUUGUGCAAAAGUAGGUACUAGCGAUUUAAAAGAAGUUUCAGAAAAAGUUAAUAAAAUUAUAAACUUUAUUGUUGCACGUGAUAUGCACAAAAGACAAUUUAAAAAACUUUUAAAUGAUGUCGAUUGUGGAUAUGACACUCUUUUAAUGUGCAAUAACCAACAGUUUGCACAAAGAUUUCUCGAUUUUAAAAGGAUCGAAAAUUAUUUAAAAAUUAUUAAUUACCCAGAUUUAUUUGAUAUGCAAGAUUGUGACAAUAACCUCCAUAAUUGGAUGCGAUUAGAUAAUUUAGAAAUGCAAAUUAUUGAUCUGCAAUCCAAUCCAAUUUGGGUAAAUAAAUUUGUGAAUAUGCGGAAGCUUGUUGAAGAUUUAGAAAGCCAUCGAUCCCAAAAUGUGGAAUCAGAAUGUUUCAUGGAAAGUAAAAUUUUAGAAGCUUGGAAUAACUAG